GUCUCGCUUCAUAGAUGGGUGAGCGGUGCGCUGGGACAGCAUGGCCGAGGAGAAUGGACUCAAAGGCCACUGUGGCAGACAUCUUGGCCCCGGCCGCUGGACCGGAGGAAGUGGACGACCCAGUUGGAAUGGCAAAAGAAGGACAUCUUUCUGGAUUAAAAGUGACUGGUCUUGAACGGUGACUGCCAUGGAUGUGCCCCGAAGUUCAUUAACAGACAGCUCAUUUUGAUGGCUACAAACAAGCCUAAGGAUGCACUUAAGGAUACAAAUAUUGGACUAUUUCAGUCCCACAACUGUGCCUGGAUGAAAUACUUUGGGAGUGAGGGGACUUAACUCUUGAUUGAUUGAUUGCAACCUGACUAGUUGCCAUAACUUAUUAAUCUCCUUUAACAAAUGGACUCAAUUUUAUGAUUUAGUUUUUUAUGUCUCUACUAGCCUAAUGUGGCUUUUGGACUUUUCUGCAUUGGACUUCACUAUUGACAAGCAGUAAUGGAUGGAUUGUUUUGACUUGUUCCCUCUGUUUAACUCUUGAUUGAUUGAUCCAGCCAAACCACCCACCCACUCACUCCCCUCUACCUCUCCUCCCGUCCCCUCUGCAUCUCCAGGCGAGUCCCUGGUGUGGAUGAGUGUGGGAGGGGGAGUAGGCCUCUCGCCAUGGCUCACUCCUCUGACGACCACAACCAUAGGAAAAUGACCAACGGGCGAGGACAUCCUCUCCCCCACCCUCAUAAUGGGGGAGGCUACCCUCACCCCCACAAUGGGGGCCAGGCUGGGGGAUCCCACUCGACAAACCGCUACAGGCAGAAGAAGCAUCACCGCCACAGGGGAGGCAGGUCCUCACCCAUGGGCAGAGUCAUCCUCAUCAACUCUCCUGUCGAUGGUGGAGAUGACUGUGAAGACCUCCACACAGUGACAGUAGAUAAGAGUGCAGACGGCCGUCUGGGAUUCAGUGUUAGAGGUGGUUCAGAACACGGACUCAGCAUCUUCGUCAGCAAGAUAGAGGAUGACAGCUCUGCAGAGCAGGCAGGUCUCUGUGUAGGGGACAAGCUGGUGGAGGUGAAUGGUAUCAGCCUGGAAAGCAUCACUAUGAGCAGUGCUGUGAAGGUCCUGACGGGGAACAACAGGCUGAGGAUGGUCGUGAGACGUGUGGGGAAAGUCCCUGGUAUACGCUACUCCAAGGAGAAGACUACAUGGGUGGAUCUGAUCCAGAGGCGUAUGGUAGUAGAGGAGAGUGGUCGUACUCCUUCAGAUGCCAGUUCAGACAGUGUUCUCCGUAGGAUGGUUCACCUCUACACAACCUCAGAUGACUACUGCCUGGGAUUCAACAUCAGAGGGGGCAAAGAGUUCGGACUGGGCAUCUACGUCUCUAAGUUGGACCCUGGGGGUCUGGCGGAGCAGCACGGCAUCAAGAUGGGCGACCAGAUCCUGGCAGCCAAUGGGGUGAGCUUUGAUGGCAUCACCCAUAGCAAUGCCGUGGAAGUUCUGAAGAGCCAUACCCACAUCAUGCUGACCAUCAGGGAGGCAGGAAGAUACCCUGCAUACAAAGAGAUGGUAGCUGAAUACAGCUGGCUCAGCAAAAUGGCCAAUGGAGGGCCUCCGUCCUCCUCCCAGGGCUCUGACUCUUACUCCUCGGCCUCCUCCCUGUCUUCCACCCCCCUCAGCUCCCUUAGUGGUCUCUCCCAGGUCCUCUUCCCCCCCGCCUUUGGCUCUGACAUGGUGGACGUCUGCAUCUCCACUGAGGACCGCUCUCGCCACACCAGCAACUCCGAACGCACUGCAGAGACCGCCAUGCAGACUGACCUACACCCCCCCUUGGACUCUAACGCAUCCCUCUUGCCUUAUGGAAGGCUGGUUGCCAUGGAAACCAGCCGGACGCUAGGCGCCACUGUGUUUUUGAAGGACACACCAAUUCGGGGGAAAGGAGAGGGUCCUGUGGAAAGGGGAGGGGCUGGAGAUGGGGGAAGGGGCAAAAGGGGGAUGUUGUCACCAGGGGAACAGGACGUGGCGCAGGACUCCCCGAAAACGGCGGUGCUUAUGGCCCUGAGCAGACCGAGAAAGCCCAUCAGACGAUCCCAGAGUCAUAUCACAGUUACAGAGGACAAGCAGAAGAAGAAGAAGCAGGGAAAGGAGAAGAGUGCAGGAGAGAGAGAGGGCAGCAAGACCCUGCAGCGCUCCAAGACCUUCGUCAGCCUCCUUUUUAAGAGAGAUGCACGGAGAGACAUGUCCGGGAACAGGAGAGAGAGAGACACAUCACGGGACAGUAGAGAGACAAUGACAGGGGACUCCCACAGGGGUCGAUUUAAAUCACCCUCCCACCAUGCUGACAAGGAUAAAGAGAGGGGUCGUCCGUUCCAGCUGUUGACGUCUCCAAGGGAGACCCGUGCUGGGUUAAAGGACAGCAGCCCCCUGCUUCACCCUGAGACCCUGGGAGAAGUGGAGAACAUGGCCAGGAAACUGCUCAGUCAGGACGAGGUCACUGCAGUCAUGAGACACUGUAAGCGGUUCAUGUUGGAGUGUGUGGUGGAGGAUCUAGUACACCCUCUACUGGCCAUACUGGACCGACCUGAGAAACUACUACUGAUACGAGAGAUCAGGAUGCUGAUCCCUCCUACAGAGCUGGGCCGUUUUGACAGUAUUGUCAUGCCCUUUGAACUGGAGGCCUACGACAUACUGAAGAGCCGCUCAUUGAGGUCUCCUGUCCUGCGCUCUCCUCGCAGUGGAAUCCCUCGACGACACCUCAUCACCCCCAUACCAGACUACCAUGGUGGUUUCCAGCUUCAGCCAGCCAAGGACUUGGGGAGAGACCGUCAGCUGAUGGAAGACCUAGAGAGACUACGUGUGUCUGGCCUCCAGGAUGGUCUCCUGCCCCCUUCCCGCGCUUUCACCCCCCUCUUGGAUGUCCCCAUGGACAGCUACACCCACCACACCCCACGCUCACGCUCUCCGAGCCCCUCACCCCCCAACUGGCUCCUCACAGAAUCCCCACACACUACCAGACGCCAACCCCAAACCAGCCACUCUCCAAAUAGGGGAGACAAUGGUUUGUCCUGGCCCCGGCACUAUGAUGAGACCUCAUUGCUGUCGGAAGAUACCACUCCGGAGCGGGGGCGGUCGCCGGUGAGGAACAAACAUAAUGGAAGGGUCAGGAGGGACCAAUGGGAGGGCGGCCCUGAGAGGAAGCGAGGGAUGGCCGAGGGGUACAUGGAGGUGAGAGUACACUUACCCCCCAGGAACAUUCAACCCACCCAGGCUCAGGUGCUUGAGCCUCCCCCACCCCCACAGGACCGAAGCCCCUCGACAGGGAGGGAGAGGGUGGGACAAGGCCAGAGAGGGAAGGUGAAGCAAGUGAACAGACUUUCGCCAGGACGGUCGCAGAAUGGUCACCAUGGAAAUGCAACACCUGUAGCCAUUCAGGAGUAUGAGAUCACCACGGUGACCAUCUCCAAAACAAAACAGUCUCUGGGUAUCAGUAUCUCAGGUGGGAUGGAGUCCAAGGUGCAGCCUGUGAUCAAGAUAGAGAAGAUCUUUCCAGGAGGAGCUGCCUCUACCAGUGAUGUUCUGAAGGCUGGGUAUGAGCUGGUGUCGGUGGACGGUGAGUCUCUGCAGCGUGUAACCCAUCUUCAUGCGGUGGACGUAAUUCGCCGGGCGUUCAGCAACAAGGCCAAAGACUCCAUGGUGUUCAUCGUCAAGGUCCCCAAGGGGCCCUAAGAACCCAAAGAGCCCUGAUGACUAGCCCACUGUCAGGCUUACAUAAAUACUACAGGCCUGUCAAAAAGGAUGCUCCGAGGUGCAGUUCACCAACCCUCUUUGUCUGGAAAUGGAAAUGAAUGAAAUGCUGGUGUUCAAACCAGAACGUUGUCAGAUACAAGUAUGUGGAUUUACAGAAGAUGAGGAUUCGUCUGAUGCAGAUGGUUCGGAAUGGAAGGGAAUGGUCUACUCACAGAGGAGAGGAAGGUACCUCUUACACUGACCAAUACGCUUGCUUCUCCUCUAGGGCAAAAGGGACAAUGUUUCCAUAGAAAACAGGAAAUACUGCUAAAACAAAAAUUGGUAACGUGACAUGUUAUGUUGUAACUGCAGUCGACAUGUGGGUCUACUGCGCCUACUUUGAGUAUAAUAAUGUGAUAAAUAAUAUUUAUCAAAGAUAGACUGGAUUAUAUGUAUCCCUUUUGCUAUAUUAAUUUAUAUUGUUAGCUAGCGUUGUUAGGAGUCAGCAGCUAUAGCAAUCAUAUUAAUAUAAUGUACUGUAGGUAACUUCAAGGGAAGGAAACUUUAUUUUGUGGAAGCAAAAACAUGCAGGCACGCACGCAUGUACGCAGACUCACUCACUCACUCACUCACUCACUCACUCACUCACUCACUCAGUCACUCAGUCACUCAGUCACACUCUCACCACUCGCACGCAGGAAGUAUAACCCCACCUAUACGCACAGUUCCAGAGACCAUUUCAGUCCACCACGGUCCUGCCAGAGAGAGAGUGAUUACUGUGUCCAACGUCAUGAGGUUUAUAGUCCAGAUUAAGCCUCUGUAUUAUAGUUGUGGUUUAGUGGAUGUCUGGGGGAUUAGUACAAAUUGCAGCUCUGUUUAAAACUGUAUUUCUGGCAAACAGAGUUCAUGUCUCUGGAGCAGGAUGCCACUUUAGAUGCUUGAUUACAUAGGCUUGUGGACUGAGCCUGAACAGACAUGUGGAGGAGAUGUGGAGGAAAACCUAAAUGAUGUACAGGAUGUGAGGACCAGUGGCUUAAACUAAGGUUGGGUUGAGAGGCAGAGGAGCUAAGACUGGGGUGAAGAGAGAGGGACUGUCUGGGUCUGGGAAGGGUGGAUGAAGGGCUAAUGUUAGGUCAAGGGUUAAUAUUAGGUUAGGUUUAGGUCCCUAACUCCCUGGAAUCACCAGAGUGUACAGUGCACCACGCAUAGUUCCUGACCUUUAUGAGCGGCAGAGGGCCUGAGAGGUGCUUACAUAUGACUAGCUGUAGGGCUAGAAUGUCUGGCUGGUGACAAAUGCUGCUGUAAAGCUCAAUGGCAGUAUGGUCGGCUAAGCUUCUGUUAUUUAUAUAUAUGUAUAUGUGUGUAUAUAUGUAUGUGUGUGUGUGUGUGUGUGUGUGUGUGUGUGUGUAAUUAAGCAUAAUAUACAUGUAAUAAACAUAUAAUAAGGUACAUCCAAAAUGUUUUCAGAGCUAUCGUAUUAAUUUACCACAAUAAAUGUUUUAUUGACACUUUA